AUGGUGCACAUUGCGAACUCAACACUUGCGGGUGGUGUCGCUAUCGGUUCUGUUGCAAACGUGGUGCUCGAACCGCUGCAUGCUAUGUUGAUGGGUGUAGCAGCUGGAGCUCUGUCUGUCGUUGGAUACAAAUAUAUUACAGUAUGCAGUUACAUGCCAAAAAGCGUCAAAAAACACAAAGGUCUAAUUUGUUCCUUUAAGCCAACGCUUAGCAGCAAAUAUGGUUGCCAUGAUACAUGCGGCGUGAACAAUCUACAUGGCAUGCCAGGAGUUUUUGCUGGAUUGAUGUCAGCCUUCUUUGUUGUGGCGUACGACCCAGCACGAUAUGGAAAAAGGUGUUUUUUAGUUCAAGAACAGAAGAAAGUGGAGAUUGAAGUGCUACGUUAG